AUGAAUUUUUUUGUUUCUUAUGGCGAUGAUUUUUCACCUAUUACCAAAGUUUUCAGACUCACAGGUCAAGAUUACAUGGUGACAUUUAAAAAUGUUAUUGAUAAAUUCGCAGAAAUCUGUAAUUCUAAAGAUGGAAUUCAAUUAAACACAGAGCAGCUUAAAUUAUAUAUUGUUGAUAAUACAUAUCCAUUCAGAGACCCAAUUCCAAAAGAAAUAACUAAUUUAGAAACUCCAGUCACUCAAUUAAAUUUAUCUAACUUUGAUUUAAUACUUUCUGCAGAUGUUCCAAAAUUAAAACCACCAAUGACUCCCACAAAUCAAGCAGAUCUAGCAAAAUUAGACCAAUCAUCAUUACAAUUCGAAGAAUUGAUCCAAAAAGGACAAAUUUCUCUUGCAACUAAAGAUUACCACAAUGCAUGGACUACGUUCAGACAUGCUCGCGUUCUCAGCGAUCAAGAUUACAGAGCUUUGUAUUAUUCAAUUAAAGUUUUGAUAGCAGCGCAUAGAUAUCCAUUAGCAAUUGCAAAUGCAACAACAGGACUGCAAUUAUUCCCAUCAAAUCGCGAAAUGCACCUUCUUUACGCAAAAAUUCAUUAUAAAAUGGAAAAAUUUGCUUCUGCGAUAGAUAUGUAUCAGUUUUCCCUUCAUAACUGGGAUGUUACGAUCCAAGAGAAGCAAUCUGUUUAUUGCAAAAUUGCUAAAUGCAUGAUUGCCCUAGGCCAACUCGGAGAAGCAUUAGCUUUAAUCGAAAACGUUACAGAUAAUGCAAAUUGUAUUUAUACAGUUGCAAAUAUUUACCUUAUUCAAGACAGAUUUUACGAAGCUUGCAAAAAAGCGAUUUCUUCGUUUUUCAUAACUCCUGAUUACAGAAAGAUGGAAAAAUUCAUCUACAAUGCCAUAAUUAACAAGGAAAGAGCCGAAAUUUUCUUAAACGAGCUUGGCGAUUCAAAGAAUGAUCCAUCAACUAUUUUCUUUUUCGGACACAGCUUGUACAAGUGCGGUGAAUUCCAACUUGCCAUUGACUACUUCGUGUCUGCGUUAAGUAAAUCUACAAUGGUCUCUUCUAUCAGUCUGGCCACAUUAAGAUGCUUAAUUUCAAAUUGCGAAAGUGUAGAUGUUAUUAAGAACUUUGCAAGAAAAUUCCUUGAAUUAAAUAUAACAAGGAAUUUCACUGAAGCUGUAAAACCAAUAAUAAACAAUACUCUUCAAAGUGAUGUAGGAAAAAGUGACAACGAAACUCGGGAAACAAAACCCAUCAAAGAAAUCGCUUUUGAGAGCGAAGAACCAUCAUUUAGGACAGAAGACAUUGAUGCAUUAAGCUUCAUCAUUACCUUCCAGUUAUAUAUGUUCCAAAAUGGUUACAUUUCCCUUUCUGAACAAAUAUCCAAUGCAUUAUCCCCUCUUAUUCUUCCUUUUGACAUGACAUCCGCUAUAGCUGCCCAAGACUCUAUAACAUUUCUUUAUCUAACAGCCUUUGCUCCAACAAUUCCCCGACCAAUUAAUUCUGAUCUCGAGAAAAUCUAUGUAAUUGGAGAUAGAACUAUAUUGACUUUUGCUUACAGGGAAGUAGUUUAUCGUGGCUCAAGGCAUUUGUUGACUCCUUUGAUAGUUGAUUAUUUAUCAUUGAGAAGUUUGGAUGAAAAGAAACGGACUCCACAACAUUCACAUCUCAGGAAGUAUGUCCUUGGAUUGCCUAAAUCAUCAACGGUUCUUUUGUUCUUUGGCGGCGAAGAUGUAAUCGUUGGUAAAGUUAAACAAUCAAUUCGUAUGAAAUAUGAUAAUAUAGAAUCGGCUUAUCAGGAUUAUAUCAAUACUUAUACAGUUGUCGCUUCUCAAUUGGUUGAUCAGAUCAAAGGAACAGUUUUAGUUCAUCCUGUCAUUCCAACAGCAACUGCAGUAGUCCAACAAGCAUUGAUAUUUAACCAAAUGCUUAAAGAAAAGAUCAAUGGAAUUGCUGAAGUUAAGAAAUCUCUUCAUUUCUUAGAUACGAUCCAAUUGUUCAUGAAAGAGGAUAUGACAAGUAUCAAACCAGAGUUUAACUACCAAGAUAGCUUAAUUACCCCUGAAUAUAUCAAUACUUUGUCUAAUUAUUUAUCAGAAAAUUUCAAAUAA